AUGGAUGAGCACUUCGACGCACGCGACAAAGUGGAGAGGAAGGACCGGGGCGGCUCGCGAGCCGACGGCGUCCCAAGCCCCGCCCACAGCGCGCACUGCAGCCUGUACCGCACGCGCACGCUCAAGGCGCUCAGUUUGGAGAAGCGAGCCAAAAAGGUUCGCUUCUACCGGAACGGAGACCGGUACUUCCCCGGCCUGGUGUGCGCAGUUUCCUCCGAGCGCUUCCGCACACUGGACGCACUGCUGGCCGAGCUGACGCGCGCGCUCACAGACACCGUGCACCUGUCUCAGGGCGUGCGUGCCAUCUACGUCAUCGACGGCUCGAAGAAAAUCACCAGCAUCGACCAGCUGCAGGAAGGAGAGAGUUAUGUAUGUGGAUCCACGGAGACUUUCAAGAAGCUUGAUUAUAUGAAGAACAUCAACCCCAACUGGUCUGUAAAUGUGAAGGCCUCUGCAUCGACUAGACACAUCCCCUCUCUCUCCAGCUCUAAACUGGGGCCCCAUGAAUCCAAAGAGAGUAAGGACUUCAUCAGGCCUAAGCUGGUCACCAUCAUACGCAGUGGUGUGAAGCCACGCAAGGCUGUUCGCAUUCUGCUUAACAAGAAGACAGCCCAUUCGUUUGAGCAUGUCCUCAGUGAUAUCACAGACGCCAUCAAGCUUGACUCUGGUGUUGUCAAGAGGAUUUACACUGUUGAAGGAAAGCAGGUCACAUGCCUUCAGGACUUCUUUGGAGAUGAAGACAUCUUCGUUGCAUGUGGGCCUGAGAAGUUCCGCUACCGCGAUGACUUCCUACUGGAUGAGAGCGAAUGCAGGCUGAUGAAAUUAUCCUCCUAUGGAAAGAGUCUUCUAAGUCGAGCAUCUCCCAGGAAUAUGACACCCGCCAGACGCAGCAAGUCACCCUCAGUGAACGGGACUCCAGCCAGUCAGCCAUCUACAGUGAACUGUAUGAAGUCCCCCAGUCCUACUCCAGCUAGUCCAGGGAGCCUCAAGAAGGGCUCUGAAGAGAACGGCUCUUCCACCUCGCUGGCCUCCACCAAGCUCUGCAGUCUGGAUGAGGGUGAUGGUGCUGUCAGUGAUGCUGAGCCUGUGGAGGAGAGCACAGCUCCUGCAGUCCCGGCGUCCAUCUCUGAUCGAUACACAGUAGGCCGAAUGAUCGGCGACGGCAACUUUGCGGUAGUGCAUGAGUGUGUGGAGCGCUCUACUGGCCGGGCCUAUGCUCUGAAGAUCAUCAAUAAAGGCAAAUGCAGAGGAAAAGAGCAAAUGAUCCAGAAUGAGGUGGCUAUUCUGCGGAGAGUUAAACAUCCCAACAUUGUGCUGCUGAUUGAGGAGAUGGACACGUACAGCGAGCUCUACCUUGUUAUGGAGCUUGUCAAGGGGGGCGACCUCUUUGAUGCUAUUACCUCUGCAACCAGAUACACAGAGAGGGAUGCCAGUGGUAUGCUGUAUAACCUGGCCAACGCCAUUAAAUAUCUACACAGCCUUAACAUCGUCCAUAGAGACAUUAAACCAGAGAACCUUUUGGUGUAUGAGCACCAGGAUGGCAGUAAGUCUCUAAAGCUGGGAGACUUCGGCCUGGCCACAGUGGUAGAUGGGCCGCUCUACACUGUCUGCGGGACUCCCACUUAUGUAGCACCUGAGAUUAUUGCAGAGACCGGCUAUGGCCUUAAGGUAGAUAUUUGGGCAGCUGGAGUUAUCACAUACAUCCUACUGUGCGGCUUCCCACCGUUCCGAGGGAGUGCAGAUGACCAGGAAUCACUGUUUGACCAGAUUCUGCUGGGUCAGUUAGAAUUCCCUCUCCCAUACUGGGACAAUGUGUCAGAUUCAGCCAAGGAGCUGAUUAUAUCCAUGCUGCAAGUGGAAGUGGAUCAGAGAUACACGGCUCUUCAGGUGCUGGAACACCCCUGGGUCACUGAUGACGGUUUAUCAGAGAACGAGCACCAGCUGUCAGUGGCAGGAAAGAUCAAGAAGCACUUUAACACAAGCCCCAAGCCCAGUGACAGCACGUCAGAAAUGAACGUCAUCAUGCUCAACCAUGACUUUGGUAUCCAGAGAUCAGGGUCGUUGGACUUCUAUCAACACCCAGGAAUGUACUGGAUAAGGCCACCGCUCUUGAUAAGGAGAGGCAGAUUCUCAGACGAAGAUGCAACCAGAAUGUAAGCGUAGAGCCUUGCACCACCUAGCCGUUCUGUAGCCUCCCCUUUCCACUCUCGUCCUCCGUUCUCUGUCUUGCUCUCCAAGUGGCCCCCUUCAGUCUCACCACACCCACCUCGUCCACAUCCACGCCUGAGUCUGAAGACUUUUCUGGCUGCACCAGCGAGACUGUCUGCUC